GGUACGUACAAUACGGAUAUGCCUACACUGUCACUGCACGUACAUGUACAUGAAGACAAAAACCUGGCUGAAUUGAAGUAAACAAUUAGAGAGUCUGAGUUGAGCUUCAACUUAAACUUUAGGUUAACACGUGAACUGAGGCUGGGGAGCUUGGACAAGAGUAGCUAGCAGUAUAGUUCAGAAGAUCUAAAGUUAGACCUACCGUUUGGACUACAUCAUACAUCAUCAUUCGAUACGGAGCCUGUCGAGACUCGUACUAAUCGAUUGCCGGUUUGUUUAUUUAUACGUAGGCAUAGCACGCCACUUGCACCGGUAAUGACUGUGCUAGCUUUGUGGUAGUAAACUAAAAGUAACAACAGACACUGGACCAUAUAAACAGACAGAGCAGAAGAUAACAUGCCUAGACGCAAUCAAGGAGUGAAGGAUAUCACAGCAUAUUUCCGUAGGUAUCGUGCAACAGAGAGAAGAGAACAGGAGAGACAGGCAGAUGAUGGCAGUGGCGAAGAUGAGGUCCAGGAUCUGGUCCACGAGGAGGACACCAUGGAAGAUUUCCUGGAGCUAGAAGAAGAUAUAGCAGUUGAGAACGGAGCUCCGUAUGCCAGGGCCAGAUCUGUCCCUUUAAGGGAGCGCAUCAUGAUACUACAAACGGGGGGUAAAGAGAUCAAAGUUAAGGGUAAGUUCCUGAUGGAUGGACCUUGGUGGAUUGCUUCGUUUAAAGCUGUCGAGGAAGGGGGCGUCUACAUCUGCCAGGGAAUCCCCACGUACACACUCCGAAACAAGAAGGGGCCGAAAGGGAAGAGUCACCUGCAGCAGCUUCUCUCCUAUGUGUUCAACUUUCCAAGACCAGGCAGUGCAGAGGACCAGAUGAAACGAGCCUUCUGGGACUACUUUGAGGAGUGGCGUACUCGUACCAAGAAGCGGAAGCACUACACCUUUUGUCAGUUCUUCAAGGCGCUGGAGGAAGCUCUCAAGAAGAAGACAACACCCGACGACACAACGGCGAUACCGAUGAUGCAGGUUGCUAAGAUAAUCAUGCAGCGGUUUGAUCCAUCUAACAAAUGCUUCAGUCACGCAUCCAGCAACAAAGAUGAAGAGGAGAAGAAGCCAAAAUUUGAUCUGAGGUACGUCUACAGAUGUUUCAAGUGUCCGCUACUCUUCAAAGGGCUUCCUCUGUUGAUGGAGAGACAAGCAUUCUCUAUCCUGUCUACAGAGAAAUUGCGAGACCUGGAACGACUGGAGUCUGUCCUGAAGAACUCCCCGAAGACCUGGGAUUUUAUACGUCCAUGAGAGAGCACAACUGGGGUACCAUAGAGGUUUCAUUCCAAGGCUUUGUGAAUGCUGGUAUGAUACCGCCCAACAUCUUCAAGUGUACGACCAACCAAAAUUCUGCUCC